AUGAUGAAUGCUGGUAAGAUACAACGGAAGUUUUGUGUCGACUGUGGCUCAAGAAAUGUCAAAGAUUUGAACUUUAUUAGUCACAGCCUAGCACACUGUCAGCUGGAAUUCAUUUUUACCCAGCUUGUACCGCUGAAAUCACAACCAGAACGCUUUCCACGUGUUAGAUAUUGGUUCUCGCCUCGGAGCAGUCAUAUAUGCGGCAUCCUUAUGUUUGUCAUUUCUCAUAUAUGCUACAGACUGACUGCUUUCUUGCCUAGUGGAGUGGGAUCAGUGGUGCUUCUUUUCAGUGCGAAAACGAAUAUCGCGACCGGCAUAGAACAAAACGAGGAGUUUGUUAAGCUUCAACAAGAAGUGAUUCGUAACUUCAAUCUGCAGAACAUAGAAGUCGUCUGUGCUGACGUUCGCGCUCAACCAGAUCUGGUUAGCAAUGCUGACUUAAUUAUUAUGAACAACGUAUUCUCUUUCUUUAUGGAGGCCGACGAACAGCUUAUUAAUGCCACUAAUCCCAAGAUAGAGACGGUUUUAGCUCAUCUGAAAUUGUCUUUCACAGUAGAACAAUGGUUGGAGAAGAUUCCCAUCGACGACGAUUGUGAAAUGUUUGCGAGCGGAGACGCUGACAUACUGGCGGAUUGUGCCACAUUGGGGCUCUAUCGCGUUCUUUAG